GGUCGACACAUUCUCUCGAGUCAAACUGAAGCACUCACUCUAUUCGUAAAACCAGAACAAAUUCAAAUUGUAAAUUUUUCUCUGUCACUUUACAAGUUUUUUCUUUUUUUUAAGUUACAUUUCGAUAAAAUUGCGUUGAAAAGUAUAUUCAAACCGAACCAGCAAUACGCACAAAGCAAGAAAGCGUUGUUUCGCGUAUCAAGCUAGAUUGCUAAAUCAUAUUCUAGCAUCGAAGCAAGACCCAUUUGUUAGUACGAUUUUCGGGAGAAUAUAAUAUAUAACACAUAUUAUCAGGAUGUCUGACAACUCGGCCGUGAGCUGUGUGCUCAAUGUUGUUCUCUGCGGAGCCGCUGGCUUUGGCUUCUACAAGAUUGGACCCAGUGAACAUCCUUACGCCUUUACAGCCUGUGUUUUCGGUUUCUGUCAUGGACUCUUCGGUUUGGCCAGCGGUUUGACCGGCGAUGAUAAUGCCAAGAAAAUCGCCGAAACGACAACAUCGAUUAUGGAGAUCAUACCGCUGCCGCUGGUCAAUGUGGAAUUGUAUUUAGCCGCCGAGAGCAACAAUAUUGCCCUGGGCCAUGGACUCUUCAUUGUACCGCUGGCCGUUAGCGUGAUUCUAACAUUUUUCAAAGGCGAAAGCGGUGAUGAGAGCGAAGGAGGCCCCCUUGACACGCUGAAGACUCUAACGAUUUUGGGUAACAUCACCUCGCUGGCAUAUCUGGCGAUCAAUGAGAGCAGCUGGAACCUGGGCGGCAUGGCCAUCUUGGCCUUUAUGGCCAAAUUUGGUGCCAAAUUCUUUGAGGAACAGAUAAGCGAAGGCAGCGGUGAACCGGUGAACUACUUAAGUUGGUCGGGCUUCUACUUCCUCACUGCCAUGGCCGUCUCUGGUGAAAAGUAGACCUAAUAUCGACCAGAUUGUAGAGAUAUUCGGGCUCGGGAAUUCCUAGCCAAUCAGCUGAGUCAGCAGUAGUUGCCCAUCCACUUUUCCCAAAAGAACUUUUCACCUUUUCCAACUUUCUGGACCACCAACACAUUCGACCUUGGACGAGCAAGGUGAUGAAUAAAUUAUUAUUGGACUGAUGCUGCGGUGACUCGUUAAUAUUUCAAACAUUUUGGCUUUAAUAUUUAAGAAAUAUAAAUUAAUUUGGAAACUGG